AUGUCAGACCACAAUGAAACGGAGUCUGGGGCUCGAUCACCCAAGACUCGGGCGCAGCUCACAAAGAACCAAAGCGCUGUCAUGCUGAACGAAAACCACACAGAGCCUUCUCAUCGGUCACCCAGGACGCACCCGCAGCGGUCAAGACAGCCAGAAGUUGUCAUACCACGUUACAACGAAAGAGAGCCUAGGACUCGCUUGCAGCGUUCGAGAAAUGCAGACGCUGCCAGAUCACACUAUGAUGCAACAAAUACCAUGAUCCGGUCACCGGGGACACGGCGUCGGCAGAAUUUAAGAAUUACGGAUGCUACCAUGUCCGAUAGGAGCGAUAAGAUCUCAAAUGAUAUAAACGCUAUCAUUCCGACUGAAACUGCACCAGAAGUUCCAGCUUCACCUUCAAACCCAGGUGAACCUGAAACUGUAUUCUAUGAAGGCUUGGCCAAGAAAGAUAUCGAGUUGAAAGAUUGGGUGGUAGACAAGGUUCAGAUACACAGUGCAUGGAGUGAAGUUUGGAUGGAGUUUUAUGUAGGCGCCUUCAAACUACUGGACUACGUUCACUCCCCCAUGCCGGCAUCUUUCAAAGAUGCGCUUCAGUUUAUUAAGCACUGGACAGAGCUCUACGACGAUCUUGAAACCCCACCAACGACAAAGCUGGGGAUGCAAACCUCAAGGUUCCGCGCUGCCACGUUCUCGGAAAUAAAAGGCAUUCUGAAUUUUUCAGACUUACCAAACGGUGGCUAUGACCGAGAAGAAGCUGGUGAAGUGGUUGUUGAGCUUGAAGGCUACUUACUACCACAUCUUGCCAUCUUAGUCAUGCGGAGUUUCAAGGCGUAUACUCAAUUUGGUCGAAUGGUCACUAGUGCUUUUGAUGAUAGCCUGGGGCUGUUGGUGGAUUGUUCAGAACGUAUCAAUGCUCUUCGAAGCUAUUAUACAUCUGAAAUCAAUCAACAACGGUCCUGGCGUCUCGGGAAGCGGGCCAAGAAAAUCAGGACCGGACUAAAGCAGCACACGCUGAGAAUGUUUGUAACUGCACAAGCACGUGAAUCAUUUGAGACGGGGAGACCUCCAGCGACAUUCAACAAAUGGACACAAUCAGAGGAGCGUUGGCUUCGUGAAGCGUGGGAUAUGUAUAGAUGUGAGUAUAAGUCCCAAGGCUCUGUUGGAAAAAACAAGUUUUCUUGGGAAAACGCUAACUCCGUCUGCAGCAAGCGAGGUAGAUGA